ACACACAUAUAUAUAAAUCAAUAGACUGACACAAAAUCAUAGCAUCAUCAUCACAAACUCCACAAGCCUUUUCUACUCACAACUAAAGAGAUGGAGAUGCAAACAAAAUGCGACUUGGAACUUCGCCUAUCCCCGUCUUCUUAUGAUUCUGAUUUCAAUACCUCGGUGGAAGAAUCAAGCAGCUCUGAAAUUUCACAACCAAAGCAAGAAUCACAGAUGCUAACCAUUUUCUACAACGGGCACAUGUGUAUUUCUUCAGAUCUUACCAAUCUUGAGGCUAAAGCGAUACUGUCGCUAGCGAGUAGAGAUGUGGGAUCAUCGUUGAGAAGUUCAAACGGUUCGGAUCCUAGUCCGAUGAUCACAAACAAUAUCACCACAAUUCAUCGUCAAAAGGCCUCUAUGAAGAGAUCACUUCGGAGUUUUCUUCAGAAACGAAAUGUUCGGAUUCAGGCAACUUGCCCUUACCAUCGUUCCCGAUAGCACUAUUAAUUUAUUUCAAUUUUUCUCUCUCUCUUAUUUUUUUUGGCUGCGACAUAAUCCAAUUGUGUGUGUUGGGUUUUUUUUUUUUCGUGUUUAGGAUGCCCUUAAUUAGUUAGCUUUAGAGUUUUAAAGUUUCAGAUU